GCAGUAGACAAAUGGGUGGGUCUUAUGUGUGUCAGUUUCGUUCCUUGCCAAUCUACACCCUGAUUAGUACACUGCAACAAGGGAAGGGCAACAACGAAAAGAAAAUAAACGGAGUAUUUAAAAUUUGAAGACAGACGAGGGGAGAGAUGGCUGCUAUCCGUAAGAAGCUGGUUAUCGUGGGGGACGGAGCGUGCGGGAAGACCUGCCUGCUCAUCGUCUUCAGUAAAGACCAGUUCCCCGAGGUCUACGUGCCCACCGUGUUCGAGAACUACAUCGCCGACAUCGAGGUGGACGGCAAACAGGUGGAGCUGGCCCUCUGGGACACAGCAGGUCAGGAGGACUAUGACAGACUGAGGCCCCUGUCCUACCCAGAUACAGACGUCAUCCUCAUGUGCUUCUCUAUAGACAGCCCCGACAGCUUGGAGAACAUUCCGGAGAAGUGGACCCCGGAGGUGAAGCACUUCUGUCCCAACGUCCCCAUCAUCCUGGUGGGCAAUAAGAAGGACCUGAGGAACGACGAGCACACACGCAGGGAACUGGCCAAGAUGAAACAGGAGCCAGUGAAGCCUGAGGAGGGGCGGGACAUGGCCAACCGCAUCAGUGCCUUCGGCUACCUGGAGUGCUCCGCCAAGACCAAGGACGGCGUGCGGGAGGUGUUUGAAAUGGCCACCAGGGCGGCGCUGCAGGUCCGCAAACGCAAAAAGAGGGGCGGCUGCCUGCUGCUGUGAGAGGUGGCGUCUUCGCUCCACCCCCAUCAGCCAAUCAGCGACUGACGGCAGAGCCCCGUCCACCCGGCGACCUUGGAGAAAACCUUUACCCAACCGACGGCUUUGUCCUUGGACUGUAUUUACCCGUACACACACGCGCGCCACAGGCGAAGAUGAAAGACUCCUGUUAAAAGCAAAACAAAUCAGCCUUCUUUCUUUGGGUUUGUUUUCCUCUUUGUUUUCCUGUUCUCCCUCACACACACACUCACGUUGUUUUUCUUCUUCAUUCACCUGUGUUUCUCACCAGCAUAUCAGCCUGUCUGUAUCAGGGGGGGGGGGGGCAUGACUAUGUAUGUAUGAAUGGAUGUAUGUAUUUAUGUGCCUAUUCUCUACAUAUAUAUAUAUCACUGCCAUCCCACUCUGCCUCCAUCUCCUGACUCCAGUAUUGUUUACAGAGAGAAGGACCAAGUAGUUUCCAGCUCAUCCCACAGCAUACUCCAACCACAACUCUUGUUGACUCUUAAAGUUUCUUUUCCAAGAGGGAGGAACUGCUUUCCAAGCAGAAAUGUUUCCCGUUCGUUUGUAUUUUUUAGCCUUUGUCAACAGCCCCACAGCGACUUAUGUCUUAUUUAAAAACCCCACCUCUCCACAUAUAAAUAUAUGGAUAUUUCAGUCCAUGCUGAUUCGGCACAUUUGAAAAGCUCUGUCCUCUAAUGUAUUUCCCGGCUCAGUGAAUCUAGUUGAACAGUGAACAACAGACACUACACUAAUGCUUCAGCCUCACUGAAUACCACUCUCUCACUGUGACAGACAUACACUGCCACAUGAACAGCAAGGCUUGUUUGCUUGGGGAGAGUUUGAGGAAUGCACCUCCCUCGUUCAUGGUGAGAGGGCACGCUGGCACCAGCCAGACACGGGACUAUUGUCAGGAACACAAUGGUUCCAGUCACACACACAAGCAGACUCAAUUCUGGCCAAAACACACCAAGAUCUGUUCUACCCUCUCUCUCCUAUAAAGAAACAGUUCCGCCCAGAAACAGUUCUUGGUCUUCCAAUAUCAGAUAGUCCAAUUAAAAUAUAGCAUCCUAUUGGACCUCUCCACCAAUCAAUAUCUGCCAAGUUGAUUGGCAUCGAUGGACACAAAAAAAACCUCAGUAGUGUGCCAACUUCAUCAUGGUUAUUAUUACUGAUCCAAGUAAUUAUCCAUUUAUUAUACCCACACCUGCCAACCAAUAUACUCCAUAUAGAACAUAUGACAUCUUGAGUUAUGAUUGGAUGAGAACAACAGAUUGUAUAAACCAAUGAGAGGGUAUCAAGUGGUCGGUGUAAGUGAAUUCUGAUGAAUCCAUUCAAGUCGCCACUAACCUGAGUCACAGAGUGAAGGUAUUCGCCUCAUGUCUGUUCCAUCCGUCGUACUGAUGUAUACAUGUGGAGGGAGACAUGAGAAGGGAGGCUGGCAUGACUAUCUGCUCUCCCCAGGGCAGACGCUUCACCUGCUGGGGAAGGAGAACAGCAGGGGGAUGAAGGGACACCAUACAGUCUACUACAGUCACUGCUUUUGUUCCACAGCUACAGUCAAAUUCUUGACCUUUUACCAUGUCAGAUGUUCUGCAGGUGUGGAGAGAAUGCUGAUUGUGAUGACUAUUACACUUUACAAACAGGACUGGGGUGGUAGAGAUUGUCUGAAGGAGAUCAUGUUAAUAAAAUAUUUUUGAAAUGGUAUAAUCCAACACAAGA